UCUCAGCCGCCUGUCCCCGCUGCUGCUGCCAAGAACCAGUCCCGGAGCCCCAUCAAGCGCCGCUCGGGGCUGUUCCCUCGCCUGCACACCACAUCCGAGAGCCAGGAGAGCAGGACACGGUGUGACAGUGUUUCUGGAGCCCAGAAGACACCGGACAUGGGACAUUCUUCCCAAGAGAUGAAAUCUGAAACCUCGUCCAACCCCAGCUCCCCYGAAAUCUGCCCCAACAAAGACAGGCCUUUUCUCAAGCUGAAAGAGAACGGGCGGUGGUCGAACAUGUCCCGUUCCUCCUCCAGCACCAGCAGCUUCAGCAGCACGGCGGGGGAGAGCGAGGCCCUGGAGGAGUACGACAGCGUGGUGAGCACCAAACACACCCUGCGGAUCAUUGUGCGUGUCCCCCAGCUCCUGCUGCCCCUGCACCGCUGGUGGCUGUGGGGACACAGCCUGCAGCCCCCAGGUGGCCAAAGGGAUG